AUGUUCACCCUAUAUGAGAAAGAGUCCGCUGAAAAGUACAGACAAAUGAAUCAAGCCUCCCAAGACGAAAAAGUUGAUUGGACUCGCAUGACGCAACAAUGGCCGGAUACUCCAGAACGAGCAACCGGGAGAGGUCGAGGAUGGUCCACACAAAUGUACACGCCAAUGAACCAAGCCUCUCAGUCCGAGGAUGUUGGUGGGAACCACAUGUCGGAGGCAGUGAAGCAUCUUUUAGGAAUAGGAAACGUUCGUUAUGCUGUCACUCAAAUGCCGUCACCCAUGAACCAACAAGCACUAAUGAACCAAGCCUCUCAGUCCGAGGAUGUUGGUGGGAACCACAUGUCGGAGGCAGUGAAGCAUCUUUUAGGAAUAGGAAACGUUCGUUAUGCUGUCACUCAAAUGCCGUCACCCAUGAACCAACAAGCACUAAUGAACCAAGCCUCUCAGUCCGAGGAUGUUAGUGGGAACCACAAGUCGGAGGCAGUGAAGCAUGUUAUAAGAAUAGGAAACGCUUGUUAUCCUGUCACUCAAAUGCCGUCACCCAUGAACCAACAAGCACUAAUGAACCAAGCCUCUCAGUCCGAGGAUGUUAGUGGGAACCACAAGUCGGAGGCAGUGAAGCAUGUUAUAAGAAUAGGAAACGCUUGUUAUCCUGUCACUCAAAUGCAAUCACCCAUGGACCAACAAACAGAAGCAGAAGUCAAUCGGCUUCUCUAUUCGAUAUUUAUGUUGGAGCAAUCAUAUGUUAAAGCACGUAAUAAACACGCCAACUGUGAAGAGGUGCAAAGUAAAUUAGAUGAAUUGUAUAAACUCGAAAAUUAUUUAAAAAAUAUAAAAGGUGCCGACCCCCAAGGCCUUUACGAAGUGAAGAAUAGAUUGAAAAAAAUAUUGGAGCAUGCUAAAAAAAUAUCAGAAGCAGACGAAAAAAGUAAUGUGUCUGCUCGAAUAUACACUCCGAUGCAACAAGCCUCCCAAGCCGAAGGAGUUGAUUGGAACCGCAUGACGCAAAUAGCACAGAGGGCGUCAGAAUCGGAUAACUUAAGAAAUAAUCCUGGUGGCUCUAUGUGGAGGUAUAUGGAGGACGAUACGAGGCAAUUUCCGAGUGAACAAGAGGAAAUUACUUCACCUAAUAGACGCCAUAACUCACCAUCUUCACCACCAAUGCGUAGCGAAAGCAGAAGAGGUUCCUGGUCUACAAACUCUCCUUAUCAAGAGGAAACUCGCCAGGUUCAGGCUCAAAUGCAGUUACCUAUGGUGCAAAGAGUCUUGAAUACAGGUGUUAACCCAAACCGUGUGAGAAAUGUCAUAGAGAGAAGGCUAAGAGAAACAGGCAACUCAUACCCUGAUGCUGAGGCCCUGAUGAAUGCAGUACUGAACUAUGAGCAGAAUCCUGGAGAGUUAAAUGCAUCAUCACCACAUCACCAGGGGCGUCCACAAAAUCCCCAAACGGAAGAACGCCGAAACGCAAGAAGACGCUCGAGGCCAAGUCACCAAGACGCAACUCGUCAAGCUCAGGCUUAUAUGCAGUCACCUAUGGUCCAAAGUGUCUUAAAUGCAGGUGUUGAUCCGGAUCGCGUGAGAAAUGUCAUAGAGAAAAGGCUAAGAGACACAGGCAACGCAUAUCCAAAUGCUGAGGACCUGAUGAAUGCAGUACUGAAUUAUAGGCAGAAUCGAGGGGGGUUAAAUGCACCAUCUCCACAGGAUCAAAUUCAGGAGUAUCCUGAAAUUUGCCAAGAACGUAGUAACACAAGAAGACGCUCGAGGCCUUCAACCUCAAGUCAUCAGGAGGAAACUCGUAACGUUCACGCCCAAAUGCAGUCACCUAUGGUCCAAACAAUCUUAAAUACAGGCGUUGAUCGGGACCGUGUGAGAAAUGUAAUAGAGAGAAGGAUAAGAGACACAGGUAACGCAUUCCCUAAUGCCGAUGCCCUGAUGAAUGCAGUACUGAAUUUUGGGCAGACUCGUGAAGUCUUAAACACACAAUAUUCCAAUGACCAGAACCCUCAUGUUAUCCCCCAAAACGCCUCAAGGUCACAGCCACCUAAUACUGGGGGUAGAACCUCAAGUUCUCAAAACCCAGACCUUGAACAGGUGGUUAGUGAACUAAGACAGAAGACAAAGUGUAAGGUCUGUCUUGAUUCCGAAUUGGAGGUGAUGUUUCAACCGUGUAAUCACCUAUGUUGCUGCCGAUCGUGUGGCGAAAGAGUCGAAACGUGCCCGGUGUGUAGAUCACCAAUUGAGAGUAGGGUUCGCACUCUUAUACCAUAAGAAACAUGCAACCAUGGUAUACAGAAUCGGUAUUGAUAUCUCCAUUGAUGCUGAAGAUGUAAAUUUGAA